AUGGAAAUAAGUAUGUGCAUUGUGGUCCAUCAUGGUGGAAGAUGGGUGCAUAAACCAGAUUUGGUAUAUGAAGGGGGUGAGGUGAGGAUAAUAGAUGAUUUACCAUCUGAUCUAGAUGUUAAUUAUCUUAGGUCCCUGAUAAACUCUCUAGGACAUAAGAAUGUGAUAAAGUUACACUAUUGUGAUCCAUUUAAGGAACUAAAGCUUGGUCUUAGAUUCUUGGAUUAUGAUAGUACAACUUUUGGCAUGUUCUUAAGUUUAUUGGAGAAGUGUAGGAUGCUUGAUCUUUUCACAGAGCAUGAGGAUCUUCCCACUGAAGUUAUAAAUGUUGACGAAAGUGACAAUCAUAAUAGAGAGUUAAUUCAUUUGGAUGAAAAUGAUGUAGUUUGGAAUGCUUAUGUGGAAACUUGUCAUGUGGUGAAAGAUGUUGAUGCAAAUAGGACUCAAUCACUUAGCUUAGGGUCUGUUGAAUCAAUUGAAAUAGACUAUGAUGACCAAGGAACUGACAAUGAGGAUGAUGAAGUGAUGGAGGCAAGGCACAUCAUUUUAUUUGAAAAAAAGAAAGAAAUGGCAUACAAUCAGGAGCUUCAGUCACUUGACAGAGUGGCUGAGAGGAAGGGUAUAACUGAUGGCCAUGGCUCUGACUAUGAAGGUGAGUCAUCUGACUUAGAUAGCCCUCCUAAUUCAGAAGAUGAGGGUGAUUGUGGCUAUCUUCUACCACCCUCUGCCCCUAUAAACAAGAAGAACAACCAUCCAACUACUAAAAAAGUUGGUUUGCUGCAGGAGGAAUGCCCUUUCUUUUUGGGACAACAGUUUCAGAAUGCAAAUGAGUUUAGGGAUGCAGUAACCAACUAUUGUUUAACUGUUGGAAGAGACACAUAUUUUAGCAAAAAUGAUGCAAAGAAGGUAGGGGCUAGGUGCAAAUCACAGAAGUGUCCUUUUUAUGUUUGGUGUUCACUUGAAAGGGGAAAAGGACACCUAGUUGUUAAGACCCUGGUUCCCACACACAAUUGUGGAAGGUUAGCCACUGUGAAGAAAAUUAGGGCAGCUUGGAUUGCUAAAACCUACCAUCAGAAGUUCAAAAUUAAUCCUUACAUCAAAUGUCAGGAGAUAGUAGAUACAUUGUGGGCUGAAAGAGGAAUUAAAGCUUCAUUGUGGCUUGCUCUUAAGGCCAGAAGAAAGGCACAAGCACUUAUACUAGGAGAGUAUGAGGAGCAGUAUGGUCUACUACAUAGAUAUGCACAAGAGUUGCUAAAGUCAAAUAGAAAUAACACAAUAAAGUUUAAACUGACCCAAGGUGUGUUUGAAAGAUUGUAUGUCUGUUUUGAUGCACUUAAAAGAGGGUUUCUUGCUGGUUGCAGACCAUUCUUUGGUAUUGAUGGUUGUUUUUUGAAAGGUCCAUUUGGUGGGCAAUUACUUGUAGCUGUUGGAAGGGAUGGGAACAACCAAAUGUUCCCAAUUGCUUGGGCAUGUGUUGAGGUGGAGUCCACAGACAGUUGGGGAUGGUUUUUACAGCUCUUGGCAGAUGAUUUAGGGACAAGUGAUGGUCAUGGUUACACAAUCAUGUCUGACCAACAAAAAGGUUUGCUAAAUGCUGUGUCCCAAAUAUGGCCAAAAGCAGACACAAGGUGCUGUGCAAGACAUGUUUAUUGCAAUUUCAGGCAAGUCUUUGGUGGUGGGUUAGAAUAUAGAAGAGGGUUUUGGAAGGUUGCUAAAAGCACAACAGAGGCUGACUUCAACAGACACAUGGAGCUUUUUGGUGAUAUAUCAAAGGCUGCUGCAGCAGAUUUGAAGAAAAGGAACACAAAAAAAUGGGUCAGGGCCUUCUUGACCACAACUUCAGUUUGUGAUAGCAUUGAUAACAACAUGAAUGAGGUGUUCAAUGCAUACAUCUUAUCUUCAAGGCACAAACCUAUAAUAACAAUGUUGGAAGACAUUAGAGAAGGUUUGAUGGAGAGGUUGCACAAGAAGAGAGACUUCAUCUCAAAGAAGGAAGUUGAAAUCUGCCCGAGGAUUCAAGUAAGGCUGGAAAAAUCAAAGGUUGAUGCAAGAGGUUGGUCUGCAUUUUGGGAUGGACACUUCUCUUAUGGAGUUAGAGAAGGAGCUACACAAACAAGGUAUGUUGUCAGCUUGUUAGAUAGAACAUGUAGUUGCUAUGCUUGGCAACUCAGUGGUGUUCCAUGCAACCAUGCAGUGGCUGCAAUAUGGAAAGCACAUGAGCUGCCUGAACACUAUGUGUCCCAUUACUUCUCUAAAGAAACCUACCUCAAAGCUUACCAAUUCCCACUAGAGCCACUAAAUGGACCUCAACAAUGGCCUACAUCACCCUACCAACCUAUCAUUGCACCACCACUGAAAAAAAUUCACAACAGACGCACAACUAAAAGAAAGCCAUCCUUAGGAGAGGUAACUACUUGUGGCACAAAGUUGUCAAAGAAAGGAGUGAUUAAUAGGUGCAGUAAUUGUGGGGAACAAGGACACAAUAAGAGAAAGUGUCAAGGCACACCUAAGGAACCAGCAGCCCCUCAACCACCAACUCAACAGAAGAAACAAAAGCAUGGUGGAAAUGGAUUCCAGACAGAAGCAAGGGUAAGAACUGUAUGCUUGUGUUAA